AGUUUAGUUUCGUGUUCGAUCAAGAUGAAAUUGCAUUAGUUUUGUUUAAAAAUACGUUUAUACUAAUGAAUAAAAAACAUCAAAAUUAUAACGUACUGAAUGAGAGUUUUAAUAAUAUAAUGUUGAAACACAUUUUUAUUGUAACUGCGAUUAUAAUAAUAUGUUUGUCAGAAUCUGAGGCGCAAUAUGAUGACAAACGAUGUAAAUGCAUUUGUCCAAGUCUUCCUUCCGUUAUAAAUACCACUCAAUCGUCCUCGGAACGGAAAACUUAUAUUAUAAAUGUUCCACCUUCUGAAUGUAAGUGUGAAAAUGUUGUUUUGUCCAAAGUGGGGGAUCAGUUGAAAGGUAAAGAAGAAAUCUUUUGUUCACGAUGUGAUUGCAAAUAUGAAAAUAGGAACACCACUAUUAUUAAAAUAGUGGUAAUACUUGUUAUUUGGGUUAUAUCUUUGUUGGUAAUUUAUAUGUUAUUUUUAAUUUGUUUGGAUCCAUUGUUGAACAAAAGAAUCCAUAAAGCUUCAACAAAUAUUGGUUACCAUGAACACAACAAUGAAGAGGAUGAUUCCUCAACAGCUCCUGGAACAUUUCAUGCCAUGGGUGAAAGAGGUAAUGUUUUAAAUCGUGUUGGCCAUCAACAAGAUAAAUGGAAACGUCAAGUUCGUGAGCAGAGACGUAAUAUUUAUGAUCGACAUACUAUGCUUAAUUAAAGUGUAUAGUUUUGUUUAUAGAAAGAAUUAAAUAUA